ACAAUUAUUUUAAUGACGUUCAUCAACACACCCAUACAUAUGGAGACAACCAGACACAUGUACAUCUAACGUCCCGGAUGACCCUCUGCUCAUGCGUGCGAGUAUUGCGCCCGUCAAUUCGUUCCCAGAGCCCAGCCCAUCUGUAUCUAAAAACGGAGAAGUGUAUACGCUUGAAACUUCUUGUUUGAAGGAAACCCCUGCUUAUAUCAAGAAUACGUGAAUAAAACAACUCUGUAAUCAUAAGGUUCGCGAUUUUGCUAUGGCUUUCAGGGUGCGAAACCUUUUCGGGACCUUCGAGAAACGGGCCCCAGGUUACCCUUGUCCAGAAGAGGUAACUUAGGCUCUGGGAACGAGAGUGCGCCUCUCGGUAACGGGAGCCUGGGGACUAAAGAAAGAAAAAUGGCGGCCCUGAAAGUCGUGCGUAGCAGGUAGCAGGAGGUUUCGCUUGACAGAUUGCGUUUUGGAGCAAUCGCACAUCGUGAUUGUCACAGGACAAUUUGUUGAGCUAUAAUUUCAAACCGUCUAUUGGUAAGUACAAGCCUGCGAGAUAGAAGGCUCCUGGCGGAGAAAGAAUCUUCCACUUGCCAAACAACAGUCGUUGUUAAGUGAUGAGCUCCUGACGUUGUACAAAGGGUCAUAAAGGAUAGAAAUGGCUGUAACAGCUUUGAGCUUUGCCACUGUGACGUUAGCUUCCCUUGUCACUUUUGGAUUCGUUUCGUUUAGCCUGUACGUCCUCUACCAACACUGGCGUUACCGGCACAUUCCCGGGCCAGCUAGGGAUGGCUUUUUCACCGGAAAUCUUGUUUUUAUUCGAAAGGAAAAGAAAAGAGUUCCAGGCAGAGGAAUGACUGUUAUUUGGUACAACUGGUAUCACGAAUAUGGCUCGGUUUACGUUAUGUGGAUCUACCAUGUCCCAGUUGCGAUAUUGUCGGAUCCAGAUUCGGCAAAGAAAGCGCUUGUCACGUUGAAUUUGCCAAAAGCCCAUCGCGUGUAUUCCCUUCUAAGUUACGUGUUUGGCCAACGAGCAGUCGGUCGCAGCAUUUUAACGGAGCUCGAUCAUGAAGUUUGGAGUCGGAAGCGAAACAUGCUGAACCCAGCGUUCCACAGGAAGUACCUCAUGAACUUAAUGGAUGCUUUUAAUUCAGUUGGUGAUGGGUUUCUGGAGAAACUGAGUCAGCUGGCUGAUGGAAGCACUCCAGUGAAGAUGGUUGAUGAAUUUGCAAGAGUUACCCUUGAUAUAAUUGGCAAGGUUGGAUUCAACAUCGAUCUUGACACAAUACGUAAUCCAGCCUCCGAGUUUCCUACCGCAGUGUCAAAAGUACUUGAAGGAAUCGAGGCAAGUUUUCAAAAUCCAUUCUGGAUGUUCAACGUUUCCAUGUUUCCAUAUCAAAAUUCAGUCAUCAAGGCAAUAAAAUUUCUACGAAACUUUGCCACAGAAGUCAUCAAAGAACGAUGCUUGGCUUUGAAGAAUGGAGCAGAAACUCCCAAGGAUGUUUUGGAACACAUUCUUAAAGAAGCAACUACAAAUCCUGACCUUGAUAUAGAGGACCUGGUGGAUAACUUUUUGACCGUUUUCAUUGCAGGACAAGAGACCACAUCAAACCAACUGUCAUUUACUCUGUAUGAAAUUCUGAAACAUCCGGAGAUUGAAGAAAGGAUAUUAGAUGAAAUAGAAGAAGUCCUUGGUUGUCAUCGUCAUGUUGACUAUGAAGAUCUUAGUAAACUUCAGUACCUUGAUCAGACGCUUAAAGAGAGCUUAAGGAUCCACCCUCCCAUAUACUCCACCCAACGAAUCAUGCAAAAGGAAGAAAACUUUGGAGGCUACAAACUCCCGGCAAAAACUUGCGUAGUCGUAUCUGGUUAUGUAAUCCAAAAGUCUGCUGAAUUUUGGGAAAGUCCUGAUGUGUUUGAUCCAGAUCGAUUUUCUCCUGCACGGAAAGACAGCAUAUCACAGGCCAAAUAUUUUCCAUUCUCGCUUGGACCCAGGACUUGCAUUGGAAAGACUUUAGCUCAGUUUGAAGCCAAAGUUCUGAUGGCAAGGGUUCUGCGUGAAUUCAAAUUUGAAUUACUUCCUGGACAAACUGCCGAGGUAAUGGCAAAUUUGACAUUGAGGCCACGAGAUGGUGUGAUUUGUACUUUAACUCAUAGGAAGUAAAAGGAAAUAGCUUAAUAAGGCCAUCAUUGUUUACCCAUCAUUUUCAAAAGAGCAGUUUUCAUUUGAGUGUCGAAAAGUUAUGCGUUUUGCACUUUCUACGCCACAAAAUUGGCUUGAAAAACUCGCCCCACUUUUUCAUCCAAUCAGAAGUACAACCAAAACAAAUUGUGACGUACUCGCAGGCAUUUUCCCGCGCU